AUGUCGCGUGCAAAAAUCAUUUCCUGGCCUAUACUUAAUCCCUCAUACCCCGACUCGAAUAGUCGUCAACGGGUCUGGAGAUUCACUCAAUGGAAUUCAUCUACGAGAAAAUUGCUGGCAAAGGUAAGUUGCUCCACUUUCUACCAGACUACUCUUUCCAACACGAGAACAGGUCCGGCUCGAAGAUACAACCUGCAGAAAUGUCGAAAAGAACUCGAAAAGAGCUGCUCUGACUACCAAAGUCGUGGUAACAGCUUCCCUCCCGCACCACAGUCGACCCCUUGCGCGGACCGUGCGGCCCCUCGAAACCAGCCAGCCGUAAGGCAGGAGAAGAGGGCUAGCUUCCAGCAGAGUCGACCCCUGGAUGAAUCUGCCCAUGCCUUGCACACGAUCAAGCAAUAUCCGUUUCAGUACAACGAGGAAGAACUUCGUCAGAGGGCAUAUUUAAUCAAGACUGAGACCAAUCGGCCAUUCAGACUUCGACUCGACCAGCCUCCCGCGUCGACCUCGGAUCCUUUCAAUGGUCGUACAAGCCACGAUUUGUCAAACGACGACCAAAACGAUGACUCGGAGACCAAGAGAUUCACACCUCGAAGACAUCCUACACUACACCGUCAGAAUCUAACCGAAGAAGAAUUCGUUGCCAUCAGGGAUACCGCUGUGCGCCUCGCAAAGCACUGUAUCGUCCGCGACGAACAACCAUACCCUGAUCCGACCGCCCAAGAGGCUUUGCACCGCAUACGAUCUUCUAUCUGGCUAGAAAGGACCAAGAACGGGUGUCCAACGAGCGCUGGGCCAACUUAUGCGGACGAAGUCCAGGAUGACAAUGGCAUCAGCAUCACCGAGGAUGGCUGCAUCAUCCAGCGUGGUUUUGACGUCUCAUCCAUGGCCUCUUCUCCUGUGGACACCGUCCAUGAAAGGUGUGAUUCAGGGAUUGGUAUUCCAUGCAGGACGCCUGAUCAUGUCUCCUCUACUCCAAAACCUCGUCAAGAACCACUGAGACCGAACGUCAGAAACAGUAGAGGUACAAGAGUUCCAGUCUGCUUCCGCAAACAAGAAAUCAUCCAUCAGCGCAAGGUAUCGCAUCUCUCAACUUUGAUCUCUGGCCACAGUUCUUUCUCUGGUCAGCCAGAGCAACAGGAAACAACAUUGGAGGAUGCGGACCAAGCACGUAUGCGGCAACAACGUCGGGUGCCCAUCUCGGUGCAUCACCUUGUCUUCCUCUCCGAAUCCAGCUCAUCGGGUGCCAUCGUUACCGACAGUGAGGAUGACAGCGAUGAGGAACAAGAAGUCUGUCAAGACGUACAGACUGAUAGCGCAACAAGCUCUACUGCAAAAGGUAUGGUAUCUACGAGGCAUGGUAGUGUUGCCGGUCCUGUCGUUUCGAGUAGACCUGCUGAAACUGUCAAGACAAGCAGUCCUCUGCCACAACACUCCGCACAGCUCUCACCUCCGUCAUCCAAGCUUCCGGUCCUCAGCCCUUCGCCAGUCGAGCGUGUCCAGCCUCUCCAACCUGGCACACCCCUCCCACGCCGGUUGUCAAAGCAUCUUAACCCUCCUUGUGAACGUCAGGGGCAAGCUUUGGAUAGGCCUCCACCCCUAGAACCAGACACGACACGGUCACAGUUCCUUCGUUCACAACAAACGGCAAAAAUCUUCCUGGCUCAUCAGCAACGUCGUCAUGCUGAAAAGCCGCCAGCUCCUCGUGCUCAAUCUCCUUGCCAGGCCCUCGGUCUUCGUCUUCCUUCUCCCCCAACUCCACCAGACUAUUGCAUCGAGAACGAGAGCUGUGUCUCUGCACUUCUCGACAAGAUCGAGAGGAAUGGUGGAAAGCGUUCUGCGAACUUCAGCUGGGAUUAUGUGGCUCCAGUGCAUGGUUUUAGUUCGUGCAGCACAUUCUACGUUCUUGACUAG